CUUGGUCUGUUCCCUGGCUCUCCUGCUGGCUCUCCUGCCGAUUGCCCUGCCGAUUGUCCUGCCGAUUGUCCCGUCGGUGCAAGAACGCUCAACUUCCUCGGCCAUCUCCCCUCGGCACUCCCCCGGCCUCCCUCCCUUCCUGGCAUCGCUCCUGACCCGUGGCCGACACAGCCCCAGCCCCUCCACAAGCCCAUCCCCGACUCGGCAGGCCCACGCCUUCCCCUGUCCGCCCACCCUCGCCGGCCUUUUUUGGUCUCGCGCCUUGGUCUUUUCCUCUCCCUGUCUUGACUUGCCGGCUCGUCAAGCAGAGCUCUCAGCGCUCUUCGCUCCCGCCAUCCGCUCGCUCCCGACUCCUGUCUCCAUCCCUCGGCUUGCACCAUGGAUAAAGAAAGCCAUCCCUUUGGCCAGCAGCUCUACAUGCGGUCCAAGUCGUGGCACACCGCCCAAAGCAAUGACGGCGGCCUGCAACGACGGACAACGCUCUCGCGGCCGGAGCGCCGGCCCUCGGGCUUGACCUUGAGACGAGCAAUGAUGCGAGCCCCCGAUGAGGCCCCGCCGGCUGCUCGACGAGGUGCCACCACCCACCGAAUCGCUCUCCCUCAGCCCGGCGUUGCCGACCUGGACUUUACUCCGCGGAUCCAUCCGUCCCAGCGAGCCUGGUCCAUCUUUGCCAACAUCGUCACCAUUUGCUUCUUCCCCGCCUGUCUUCGCUGCCUCGGCAAGCGGGAUGUCUACGUCCAGCAGGCGUGGCGAGAAAAGGUCGCCCUUGUUUUCUUGGUCUUCCUGACUUCCUCACUGGUGGGCUUCCUCACAUUCGGUUUGAAAACCGUGAUGUGUCCCGAAAACGCUGAGACCACCCCCAAGCCCUACUUUAUCUACUCGGCCUUCCAGAACAGCAUCAACGCCGGCCUUCCCGCCAACCUCACCCGUGACUACCUUGGCCCCGGUGUCAUUGUCUCCGGAUAUGUCUAUAACUAUCAGGACAUCUACAACGAUGUCGGAUAUUAUAGCAGUGGCACCGUCAACAUCACUGGUGACUGGGAUGACCAAGAUCUCACCAAGUACUUCACCAGUUUCAACUGGGUCAGCCAGUGCACCACCAGAUCGUAUUUCCAAAAGUAUUUCCCAUACGACCCAAACACCCUCUGCAAUGUCCCCAACCCUCGCAACCCGACCUCGCCUCCUCUCCCCGCCACCAAGACGGCACCUUGUGGCCAGAUGAACUGGCUGCAGUACACCCGCAAGACCCGCAUCACCUUCACCUGGCCCGAGAUCCAGGCCAGUCCUGAUCCGCGCACGUUUGACUUUGCGGCCUUCAACCGCACACGACUUCCGAAGCAGAACGUCAACAUGUUGCUUGGGUUCAACGGCGUUGUUGUCAACAUGACGAGCUACUUCAUGAACCCAGUCUUCCGUGGCAGUUCGCUUGGCUUCAUCGACGACUUGUUCGCCAACUAUGUCGGCAAGGACGCCACGCACGCAUUCUACUACAACACACACACUGAGCUGCUCCCUGCGCUGUACUGCAUCAUGAGCAACAACGUCGUCGGCUUCUCAGACACAUCUUCGGUCGGCUGCUUUGUGUCCCAGGGUAUCCUGCUCUUUGUUUCAGGUCUGACUCUCACCGUCGUCGGCGUUCGUUUCACGAUGGCCGUUGUCUUCUACUGGGUUCUGUCGGGACGCCUGACCAGAGCUCCGCCGCGCGUCACUGGCGGGGACAACGGAAGCAUCCCAAUGCAGAGAGUCUCGAAGAGCCAAAAGUUCCUCGACGGCUCCGACGACAAGUACACUGUGAUGAUGGUCACCUGCUAUUCCGAAGGUGACGCUUCGAUCCGAACGACUUGCGACUCGCUCAUCAACACCACCUACGACGACCAGAAGAAGCUCCUCUUUGUCAUUUGUGACGGCCUCGUCACCGGCAAGGGCAACGGCAAGUCGACACCAGAGAUUGCUGUGGGCUUGCUCCAGCUUUCUCCGGAGUUGCCGCCUCCUGUGCCCUUGACUUAUCUGGCCAUCGCAAACGGCUCAAAGCAGCACAACAUGGCACAAGUGUACGCCGGCCACUACAGCACAGGAUCUCACCGCGUUCCUGCCAUUGUCGUCGUCAAGUGUGGUCCGAUCUCGGAACAAAGCCAGCCCAAGCCCGGUAACCGCGGCAAGCGUGACUCGCAGCUGCUGUUCAUGAACUUUUUCAGCCGAGUCAUGUUCGAUGAUCGCAUGACUCCCCUCGACUACGAGAUCUUCUACCGUAUUCGCCAUGUUACGGGUGGCAUCACCGCCGACAAGUACGAGCUUGUGCUCAUGGUUGAUGCCGACACCACUGUCGCCCCCGACUGCAUGACGCACAUGGUCAACGCCAUGAAGAACGACAUCCGAAUCAUGGGUCUCUGUGGCGAAACCAGAAUCACCAACAAGGCUGCCUCGUGGGUCUCGGCCAUCCAAGUCUUUGAGUACUACAUCUCGCACCAUCUCGGCAAAGCCUUCGAGUCUGUCUUUGGUAGCGUUACCUGUCUCCCUGGCUGCUUUAGUAUGUACCGCAUCAAGGUCCAGAAGGGCAGCGGUAACUGGCUGCCGAUCCUGGUCAACCCCGACAUUGUCGAGGAAUACUCCGAGAACGUCGUCGACACUCUGCACAAGAAGAACCUGCUGCUGCUUGGCGAAGAUCGAUUCCUGACGACGCUGAUGCUCCGCAACUUCCCGCGACGACGACUGAUGUUCAUUCCCCAAGCGAUCUGCAACACGGUCGUCCCGGACUCGUUCAGCGUGCUGCUGUCGCAGCGCCGUCGCUGGAUCAACUCGACGGUGCACAACCUGAUGGAACUUGUUCUUGUCCGAGACCUGUGCGGUAUCCUGUGCUUCAGUAUGCAGUUCAUUGUCGGCAUUGAUCUGUUUGGUACCGCUGUGCUCCCGGCUUCGUUCUGCUUCAUGAUCUAUCUCGUGGUCCGAAUCAUUCUCAGCGGCAGAGAUGCGGCCAACACCCCAGGCGCUACCGUCGACUAUUCGCCGUUGAUUGUGCUGUUUGCCGUCAUCAUCCUCCCCGGCAUUCUCAUUCUGGUGACCACCCGCCAGAUUGUCUUUAUUGCCUGGAUGAUUGUCUACCUGCUCGCGCUGCCUAUCUGGACGGUCAUCCUCCCGCUGUAUUCGUUCUGGCACUUUGACGACUUCAGCUGGGGUGCCACGCGCAAGGUCCAAGGCGAAACCAAGGACGACCACAGCAAGGCCGAGGGCGAGUUCGACUCAUCCCACCUGAUCCUUAAGACGUGGACCGAGUGGGAAGUCGAGCGCCAGGCCAUGCGCUUCCCUCCCGGCUCGAACGGCGGCGGCAGCGCGAGUAGCUUCCCUGCUUCCUCUGGCAGCUUCCCCGCACCGCCUCCCCAGGCCCAAAUCAGCAACCCCCCGGUCUUCAACAACAGCAACAUCAUCCAGGAGCCCACUCGAUAUGUCGUGCGCACGCCGAGCGCAAACAGCAUCCUGACCGACUCUCCGCGAGCGCCCAUGAUCACCAGUUUUAGACAGUAGACGGAUGGAUGACGCUUGUCCCUGUUGGAUUGGAUGGAUGUAUAUUCCCUCACCGAAGGCUGUGUCCGAGCCGAUCCCUCCCUCCCUCCACUCCACUCCACUCGCCCACUCUCACAAUUCCUCCACCACUUUUCUGCGUCCAUUCGCCACCUUGUGGCUCUUUGCACACUGAACUUUUUGCCUGUGGGCUAUUUCUUUGGACAUGCCAACCGCUGGCUGAGCUCGGUUGGCGAUGCACUCCUUUUAUUUCGAUGUAACUUGUCUCUGUUUGCGAUUGUUUCUCUCGUCCGCACACUCAUUUCUUCCUCGUGUCAUUCGAUACUUUUUUUUUUCUUGAGCUCCCAAUACAGAUAGACAACCUCAGCU